AUGAAUUGUUUUUGUCAGAAUAUUCAUCAUCAUUUUUUAUGGAAAAGUGAUUUUAAUGACGAAAUGCAACUAAAACAUAUCCAUUAGCAAAUAGUAAAACCGAUAUUAAAGAUACCUCAAUAAGAAAAAGGACUAAUAAUUUCAUCUUAAAUCUGUGAAAUGUUGAACCAACCAUUAUUGGGAAAAUAUUUUUGUUAUCUCUAGAGAUUAUUUAUUUAUAGUAUCUUCUGUGUGGAAAUUAAUUCAGAUUUCCUUUCAAAAGAAUUAGAUUCACUUUAAUAGAAAUAAUACUAAUAUAUCGAAUUUAGAGUUGAAACUGACUUCGAAGAAGAUUGUGAAGAAUUUUUUUCCAGCCACUAAUAAUUUUUCAUUUUUUGCUAAAUCAGAAAUUAAUUAAGAGUGAAAUAAGUAAGUUUAUUACAGAAAACAUCAAUAAUAAAUAUAUAUUAAUUAGAAGAAAAGUAAAUAGAAAAUUGCAAAAGAGAAUACAUAAAAAUAUCUGAGAGUAGUUAUUUCUUAGUACAUUUUUAAUGUUACUCAUGGGAAAUCCUCAAUUUCUAAAAAGAAUAAAUAGUUUUAUUUUUAAAUAACUAAAUUGUACUAAAUAAUUUUAACGUAAAUAUUACUUAUCUUCAAAAAGUUCAAAUUUGCUCCAUUAACAAUAAAUAAAAUUCACUAUUAAUUAACAUAUAUUUAAUAACUGAUAAAGGAUACCAUCAUCUAAAUAUUUUAGAAAAUAAUUUAAUUAAAUAUAAUUAUUACUUGGAAAAAGAAAAUUUAGAAAAGAUUUUAUUUAAUUCUCGAUGUCUCCACACGUAUUAAAUACAUUCAAUAUCAGAUAGUAAAUUGAUAUUGGAAUCCUCACAUCAAAUACAAGAAUAUGAUAAUAUAAAUUAUUUGUUCAGUAUGACCUAUAAUUAUUUUGAAAGUUAUUAUUUCAAUAAUAUAAUGUUUGUGUAAACAUAGCAGGGACUUGAAGUCAUGUUUAAUGACCUUUUUUAUUAACAUUAUUCCUUAAAUUUUCAUAAAUUACAUUUCCUUCCCCUUAACAUAUUUUAUCAAAUAGAUAGCAGCACUAAUUAGAUUUUAUUGUUUUAAUUUUAUUUAAUUCGCAAUUUUAUAAAGCCUACUAAAAAAUACUUAUACGAAUUAACUGAUUAUCGAUAGAAUUAUGGCAUCCAUAAAUGCUAUUAAAUCGAAAAUAUCUAAUAACAAAUUAAUAGAUUUUGAACUUUAUCAUUCGAUAAUUAAUGCUAAACUGUUGAAAAUUUGUGGUUAUAAAAAUAGGCUACAUCAAUCCCAAUUCAAUAUCAAAUAAAAAUUAAAGAUGAUCCAAAAAACCAAAUUGCUAAUAUUACUGAUGAAUCUCUAAUUCAUGAAAAAUGUAGGAGUUUAGAUGAAAAAAAUUUCUAAACAUUGA